AUGUUGGCGCGACAACUCCGAAAUUUGUGCAUUUCGCGUCAUUUUUCUUCAACACUGGUAUUGGACACCUCGUCCGGUUCCUCUUCGACGUCCUCCAGCUCCGCUCAGCAUGAUCUGUCGAAUUUCAAACGUGAAUUGUGGAGGAAGCCGGACAGUCCGUUCACCGAGAUCCCACAAGUUUGGAUAUCAACACUCGAGACGGUUGAAGACGAGAAAAUUGGACUUGUCGAUUUGCAUCCGGACAUUUUUCGCGUCUCGCCGCGAAUUGAUAUUUUGCAUCGGAAUUUGACGUGGCAAAUGAAUUAUCGAAAUGUGCAGUUGACGAAAAUGCUAACGAAAGCCGAAAUGCCUGGUGGAGGCAGAAAACCGUGGCCGCAGAAGAAGACCGGCCGAGCACACGUCGGCUCGAUUCGAUCGCCGCAAUUCAUUCGUGGAGGGUUCGCGAAUGGCGCGCGCGGUCCGAGAACUUGGUUCUACAUGCUGCCGGAUCCGAUUCGCGUUCAGGGGCUUUGUGUUGCGCUCACGAUGAAGCAUGCUCAAGAUGAUUUGCAUGUUGUCGAUAAUAUUCAGAAUUUGAGCAACGGAGACCCCAAAUAUUGGAUUGAUUUAUGUGAAGCACGAAACUACGGAUAUUCGGUUCUAUUCGUCGAUGAUUGCGAUACGCUCGUCGGAGGAUUGGCAGAAGCUCAAGAAGCGCUACCAUGGCUCAACGUGAUGCCCGUUUAUGGAUUGAAUUGCUAUUCGCUGAUCAAAUAUGACACUGUUGUACUCUCGAGAGCCGCUUUGGAGCAAAUUGAGCAACGAUUAUUGAGGAAGAUCCAUCAAGCCGGAAAUUUGAACCAGAAAUACAGAUAUAUUGAUUAUAAGGAGAAAAUUUUGAAUGAGGCGAAAGCUGAAGAACAUCCUGAAAUGCCGCCAGUUGUCUAG